GGUGGAGGAGGCCUUCAGGGCCAAACAGGAAGUGAGUGAUGGUCUGUAAUGAUUGGAGAAUGUCGGUGGGUGUUGCAAUGUUUUCCUUAUCGCCAUUGGAUUUCCUUUCCGCCGCUCAAAGCCGCUGCUGCUGCUCGCUCUCCACACUUCCUACAGCACUUGUCACAGCAAAGCAAUGUCUCCAAGAGGACGGGAGACAAGAUGAGGAGAAGAGACCUCCGGGAGGGAACGUGACACUUGGAUUUUGACCAUGACAUGAACAAAAGGAGCCACCUGGAACUGUCUGCUUGGUGUUUUUUUUCUUUGUUUUUCAAUUUUUUUUAUUUGGUCUGGUUUUCACCUGUCAGUCUGCUGUCAGCCACUCCUGUUGUUAUUAUUUCUGACCAACAAUCAUGUUGUCCAGCACAUAGCAUGCAGCAUGUGCGUUUAUUGAAUGACGUUUUUCUUGCCCUCUUGUUUAAGCAAGGUGUGGUUUAGUUGAGUGUUAUUUGAUCAGUGUAUGUCAUUAUUUAAAGAGUUCUAUUUGCUGCUAGGUUUCCUUAUUCUAAUGCGCACUUAGCAUGCAGCUUGUACAAAAAAACCCAACCCUGUGCGUUAAUUUAAUGACAUUUUCCUAGCCUCUCUCAUGCUUAACUUGUGUAAUUAUUUCAAGGGUAUUUGCUGCGAGGUUGCCUUAUUCUUACACUAUUGUGACAGGCUGCUUUUAAGUUUUUUUUAUGUAAACGAUGUAGAGUAAAGUGUAUAGAAGUGUCCUUGGCGGACUAGACUGCACACUGGAUGGACUAGCACACUACCCACUGGAAACUCCUGAUAUUCUUCCCAAAUGAAGAUGGAUGCUCAUUUUUGCCUUUGGUAAUAUUUGUUGACAAGCUCAGUGUAGACUUUUUUUUUUUUUUUUUUUGCAAGGAUGCGCUCCCCAGAACCGUCCUCCUUCCCCCUAUCAGAAGCCCUUCUUCACGGCCAGUUUGCCAGCUGGGGAAGCGGCAGCAACAGCAACAACAACAGCUGCCCCAACAGCCCCGGUGGUCCUGGGGGGCUUUCCCCCUCGGCCUCCCCGACGCCGGCUCCGGCCUCCAACUACGCCCUGACUCUGACCCACGUCCACAUCCACAUUCAGCGCCUGUCACCACGACCGGGCAAGGAGACCCGUCUCCUGCUGCCCCUGUCGGAGCUGGUGGGAUGCAGCUGCCCCCGAGCCCCCGCGCCCCCUCUCCUGGUCCUCUACUGGUACCCGCCGGGGAAAAGGCGUAAAGGGGUGUCACGGCGCAGGCAGGUGAGGGCCUACCUGGCUGAGAGCAGACCAGAGGCGGAGAGAUGGUCGGCGGCUGUGCAGUGUUUACUUGGAGGUGUGCCGGUCACUGCCGAAACAGAAUUUUCCAGAAGCCUCCUUCCUCGUCCCAGGCGACUGCUGUUGCUGGUCAAUCCGUUCAGCGGGAGAGGACAGGCCAUGCAGUGGUGUCAAACGCACAUCCUGCCAAUGAUCAGAGAGGCCAACAUCAGCUACAACCUGAUACAGACAGAGCGCCAGAACCACGCCAGAGAGCUUAUCAGGGAGAUAUCUCUCCCGGAGUGGGACGGUGUCGUCAUCAUUUCUGGAGAUGGACUCCUGCACGAGGUGAUAAACGGGCUCAUGGAGCGUCCAGAUUGGGAACAGGCAAUAAAAACACCUGUUGGCAUUCUGCCCUGCGGCUCUGGCAACGCGCUGGCGGGUUCCAUCAACCACAAUGCGGGGUAUGACAUGUGCCUUCGGGAGCCUCUGCUGUUGAACUGCUGCUUCCUGUUGUGUCGCGGCGGCGUGCGGCCCAUGGACCUGGUCUCUGUGACGACAAGCCCGCCCUCCUCCUCCUCCUCCAACAACAACAACAGCCGAGCUGCAGCGCCCAGGAGGGUCUUUUCUUUCCUGUCCGUCGCAUGGGGAUUUGUGUCUGACGUGGACAUCGAAAGUGAGAGGUAUCGCGGCCUUGGCUCAGCUCGUUUCACUCUGGGCACCCUCGUGCGCAUCGCCUCUCUUCGCUCCUACAAGGGUCGUCUCUCCUACCUCCCUCCUGCCAUCGUGGCCUCAUCGCCCGACGCCACGCCUCCCCCGCCGAGGAGGCCCCUCUCACGCAGCAUCACCGAGGGCCUUGAAGGCUUCUGCAAAACUCCCAUCCAUCGCACCAGCUCCGACAUGGGCAUCAGCGAACAGAGGAGUCUGCGGCGGGGGGAAGGAGAGAGGGAGAAAGAAGAGCGGCAGCGAGAAAGAGAGAGGAGGCGGGAGCGAGCCCGGGGAGGAGGAACGGGCGUGGUGAGGGCCAGCAGCCUCAUGGAGGACAGGGAAAAGGAGAGAGAGGGUGAGGUGGAGAUGGAAGAGGAGAGGUUGAAGGGGGAACGCCAUAUGGCGGGUCAUGAAUUAUUAGCUCACAUUAAAGAUGAGCGGGAGGACGAAGGAGGAGCAGAGGAUGACUCCAGGGAGGUGGGCGAGUGCGAUGAGGCGAGCCACCUGAAGGGGGAUGGAGCUAAAGAGCUGGGUGAGGGUUUUGGUGUAGUUGUUGGGUGCGAGGCAGAAGGCUGUUACCCAGAUGGACUCCACGAAGCCAAACAAACCCUCAGAAAGAAUUCGGCUCCUUCGAGCCAGAUCGCCAACACACUCUUCAGUCAGCCGCUCACACGGGACGCUGACGCCAGCCCCUCCUACGGUGUCGAAGACAUGGACCUGAACGGAACCUACUACCAGAAAGACGCCUACCCUCUUGACGCUACCCGCGAGCGAGCCCUCACCAUCUCUUCCCCCUUUCGUCACUCCCCUUUCUCCUACAAGACUAGAACUGUGGACCAGAACCAGAACUCUACUCGGCCGCGGCCCCUCUCGCUUCUCCAGCACUCCCACUCCAACUCCCUCCCUCCGAAGCUUCCUUCCCUGUCGCUCUCCCUCUCGCCCACGCCUCCAUCUUCGCCUUCAUGUGCCUCCCCACACUCCUCGUCAUACCUCGCUCCGCGCCCCAACACGCCGGGGUCCACCUCACCGUCACCCUCUUUACGCACGCCGUCCUCUACUUUCAACUUCGACAUCACUGAGCCAGCCGGACUCCUUAAGAACCGUCCUUACGUAUCGCUGCCUUUAAAUCUCCCCAGGGAUGACCUGUUGCCCCCGCUUGACCAGCCCCUUCCCACACGAGACUGGGUCACCAUAGAAGGGGACUUUGUCCUGGUCUUGGCCCUUUAUCAGAGCCACCUAGGAGCCGACCUGCACGCCGCGCCCCAGGCCAGGUUUGAUGACGGACUGAUCCACCUGACCUUUGUGCGGGCGGGCAUAUCCAGAGCCACCUUACUGAGACUGUUCUUUGCCAUGGAGAGAGGAACCCACCACUCUGUCAGCUCACCGUACGUCAGCCACAUCAGCUGCCGGGCCUUCAGGCUGCAGCCUCUGUCGACACGAGGAACCCUGACCGUGGAUGGAGAACUGGUGCCUUAUGGGCCGCUGCAGGCGCAGGUUCACCCGUCCAUGGCCCGCCUCAUCGUCGGUGACUCGGGGGUGCAGAUAACCAGGUUCUAAUCCGGGAUUAGGAGGAGCUGAAUCGUGUCCGAUCUGUUGCCAUGGUGACUCUUGAGAAAUGCGAGACUUGAACUAACCUGGAUUGCACAAAGCAGUUAGACGGAAGGGAAAAAAGGAAAAAGGGAUAACCUUACCGAGCCGGAAUGCCAGGAUUAAUAAUGGAAUUUCUAGGAAUAAAACGGAUGAAAACUGCGCCUCAUUGCACAGCUGCGGGACUACGCCAAGCGAAGCCCUCAGACGCAUGAAACCUGCACAGCCUGCGACGUGACGAGGGAUUGUUUUGUGCAGGAACGUGCAUGCGUACGCAUGCUCACAAGCACUACCAGUCGUUUGCCUUACAGGGACAUGGAGACACACAAUCCACCUUUUGCUGAGACACAUCCCUGACCAAUCACAGCUGAGCACAGGCCAGGCUCCGCCCAUCGGCCUGACCGCGUGUUCAAGUCAUUACUACACGUUUCUAGGUAAUGCUGCGGCAACAAGGGUUUUUUUCCUGAUACAGGCUCUGGAUAACGCUAUGCAGUCAUCAGCUGACUCCCUCAACAACCAAUAGGCACACCUGCUGUCUUUUCUACUCACUACUGGUCAAAUCCUAUGCUGUUGGAGUUCCACAGCAUGCGUUGGCUCAUAGGAACAGUCUUGCUACUUAGAAGGGCCCCAUAUACUUUAAAUACAUCUCAGCGGUGCCACAAUAGUGGAUUGAAUGGGUAUUGUCCAAAAUUAGUUUAAAAAUGCUUUUAAUAAGCCCGACUGGGACCACGCCAUUUUGUGUGUCUGUAGCUUUAAUGCUAAUGAGCAGUGUGUGUGUCUCAAAGAAACGCUAUUUGUGCACUUUUUGCUUGCGUAUACAGUCCUUCCUCACUACCUCGCGGUUCCAACAUCGCUCCCUCAUUCUUAUCUGGGGUUUUUUCAAACAUUAAUUUAUAAAUGAUGGCUGUUUCGCCGUCGACUAAGGCCCGUUAGUCAGAAAUGUGUAUAUUGAAGCAAACUGGAAGUAUUUUUUUGCCCAAGUUGAGCAUUUUCAAACAUAAAAAUGGCUAAAUGAACUCAAAUACAAACACGGUAUAAGCCAUCAUGGCCGCCAACAUGUGAAUGUAGUAUUCUACAUUGCCCACUAGGUGUCAGUAACUGUUUAGCGAGACCGCUGGCAAAGCACCAGACUUGAACAACCGGCUUAUAUUGCAGGUUUAAACUAGAAAACAGACCUCCGCCAAGCAUCGUAGUUUCCCCCACAUUGUGAUUUACACCAUAAAUAUUAGUCCUACAUUUACUUUAUCUACAUAUUUAGAUUUCUUGACCAUGGAAACAUACCAUGGAAGGCUUUGAAUGACUUAAAGAAUGCUAACAUUAGCAUGCUAGCACCUAACAUGAUAGCGCUAGGUGUCUGCUUAAGUUCAUAUUCAAGAAAAUUGCAAAAAAUGCUAGUAUGCUCAUGUUAGCAUGGUAACACCUAGCAUAAUUGUGUCUGCCUAUGAAAAUGGCUAAAAAUGCGAACACCUAGCAUGAUAGCGCUAAGUGUUCAUAUAAGUGUACCCAUGAAAACGGCUAAAAAUGCUACAAUGCUAAUAUUAGCAUGCUAGCAAUGCUGACAUGCUAACACCUAGCAUGAUAGUGGUGUUUAUAUAUGUGUCUACCACUGAUCUGUAUGACAUAUCUGGAUAGAUCAUACGUCGCACCCGCCAGUGCAAGCCGCUGAAGCCAAAGAGACGCCAUCUUACCACUCACAUGUCGACUACAUUGGCACAGCGUACAUAGUGUACAAAGCAGAUGAAGAGGCUAGCAGAACAUCUACAAUGUAUAUUUUACAUUUAAAAGCGGGGAGAUUCUCCCAUUCCUUCAAGUAACGCAACCUUCGCCCCUUAAAAACCAUUUGAUACGUUAUUCUCUAUCUUUUGCUAUAUUAAAUGUACUUUUUCCCUUCCAAUUCUCAUUGCCUUUGGGACAAAAUUCUACUGUGCACCCUGGCUCAGCACUCCCCUAUAGCAAUGAUAGUUUUACUCCUCUAGAAAGAGAUUUUCAUUUGAACUGCAUAUCCCAUCCCUUUUUUCCACUAAAAUCCAUGGUCAUGAUCCUUUACUUUUUAUUCUUACUUUCAUACAAUUCACUAUGCUCUCGUCUGUACAAAAUAUGAAUCAUAAAAGAGACAAGUUUUAAAAUCAUUUCACAUUUUGAUGAUUUUUUUGUUUGUGUUAUGAAAUAGAAAUAAGCUCUUUUCUGAUAUAGAAAUAUAUUUGAACAAAAACCACAGGAAUAAUAUGUAAUAUAAUAUGUAAUAAUAUAUAAACAUUGUCUCCAUAUGGGGGUUCAUUUGAAAUUCAGGUAAACAAAAAAAAAGAAACGUAUUUUUUUAUAUUUGCAAGCAACCGCAAAUGAUUUAGUAGUCUAGUGGUGGUUGUUUGUCUACAUAUCCCCCACGGCCCCCCAUGUAAAGCCCUUAUGACUCAGGUAUGGUAUGAUAUCCACAGAAUGUUUAAAAAUGAUCAUACCCGAGUCCUUAUGACUAAGAUCAAGCACACCUGUUGUGCGAGGUUAGUCUGAAGACUAAACUUGCAUUUAGUGUGAGUGGCCAACAAACUAACAACACACUUAACAACUCACAAGUUCUCACAUAAGUCAUUGUCCGAGAAGGUUUCUUGGGAGUGGCAAUAUGGCGGCCGCGUGGCUUCACAAGUCACUGACCAAUGGUCUAUCCAGAUAUAUAAUACAGAUCAAUGGUGUCUACCCAUGAAAUAGCAAAAAAUGCUAGUAUGCUAACACCUAGCAUGAUACUGCAAUGUACCAGGAAGGCUAAAUGUCCCGAAGAAGUGCUCUGACCAUUUUUUUGUGGAGUUGUAUGCAGAAAUGCUGAAAAUGGGCCUAUCUCACAAUGUUGAAGAAUCCUUAAAAAAAAAAAAAAAAAAUCCUGGAUCAUUUCUUCCAUAUCCCAUUUCCAACAAUUCCUGAAAAUUUCAUCCAAAUCCAUUCAGAACUUAGUUAUUUGGAACACAGACAGGCACAGACAUAACCUCCGCGCUGCGCCUGGCGUGGUAAUAAUCAUAAUCAUAAUAAUAAUAAUAAUAAUAACAGGUUACUGUUGCGGCCACAGCCCAUAACGAGCCAAAAGUCCUCACUGAACCCCGACCGUCCAACCCCUUCCUGUCCGCCAUCGAUUCUGUUUUUAUAUCACAGGAAAAAAGAUGUCUGUCCAUGCCUCACGUAAGUGGAUGUUGGGCAAAAAACAAAAAAAAGUAAAAUGCACUUUGUGUGUUUCAAACGGAGUGGGGAAGAAGGACGAAGAGGCCAAAAACUUCCGCACGGAACGAGAGGAGAACCUUUUUUGUCACUCGGUCUCAGCCAGGGCAUGUCUGAGAGGUGAUGUAAUCUUACCCUGGUGGCCACAGUACGACAUAGAACUUGUCUUUCUACAGUCUUUGACUAAUAAGACGUCACAGUCAACCACAAAACCGCCAUCGUUUGCCAAUUCUUUUUAGAAGAAGCGCAACAUAGCGGGGACGCCUUCCCGAGCACGGCUGCCAACAGGCUUGACAGCAACACAAAUCAAGCCCGCAGGCUUCAGGGUUGAAACACUAUGACCGACUGAGUAUUACGCAACAUUGGAAAAAAACAGUCUGAGAUUUUCAGAAUAAAGUCGGAAAUUUACACGAAAAAAGUUGAGAAAAAUAUGAGAACUCGUAAAUGUACAACUUUCUUCUUACCACUUUAUUUUCGUAAAUUUACAACUUUUUUCACUUCUUUUUUAAUAUUGACUGUUUUUUCUCUUUAAUUUACGACCUUAUUCUUGUAAUAUUACGACUUUAAUAUCGUAAAUUAACAACUUUAUUUUGUAAAUUUACAGAGUUUUUUCACCUAAAUUUGUGACUUUAUUCUUGUAAUAUUACCACUUUUUUCUCACAAAUUUACGACUUUAUUCUUAGGACUUUAUUUUCGUAAAUUUACGACUUUUUUCUUUAUUUUCAUAUUACUUUUGUCUCAUAAAUUUACAACUUUAUUCUCGUAAUAUUACGACUUUUUGUCUCGUAAAUUUACAUCUUUAUUAUGACUUUAAUUCUUGUAAAUUUACAACUUUUUUUCUCGUAAAUUGACGACUGUAUUCUCAUAUUAUAACUCUGUUCUCGCAAAUUUACGACUUUAUUCUUACGACUUUAUUUUUUUAAAUGUGCAACUUUUCUCUCAUAAAUCUACAACUUUAUUUCAUAUUACUUUUGGCUCAUAAAUUUACAGCUUUAUUCUCGUAACAUUACGACUUUUUUUCUCGUAAAUUUACAUCUUUAGUCUCCCGACUUCAUUCUUAAUUGACAACUUUUUUAUUUUUAUUCUCGAAAUAUUACGACGGUUUUCUCAUAAAUUUCUGACUUUAUUCUUACGACUUUAUUCUUGUACAUUCACUAGUUGAUUCUUGUAAAUUACAAGUUUUUUUCUUGUGAAUUUUACGACUUUAUUAUUGUAACAUUAUGAGUGUUUUUUUUGUAAAUUUACAACGUUAUUCUUAAAAUAUGACUUUGUUCUCAAAUUUAUGACUUUAAUUUCGUAAAUUAACGUUUUAUUGUACAUUGACGACUUUAUUCUUGUAAAUUUACAACUUUUUUUCUCGGAAUUUCAGAUAUGUCAUUUUUCCCCCAAAGUGGCCCUGAUACUCCGUCGUGAAGAACAGAACAGUCCUGUAUUUAGAAGCAAAAAUCUGGCAACUUUUUCUGGUCAGAGUAGACACAGGCUGACGUGAAAGCGCUCCUCAUGUUAAGAUGUGUAGCGAAGCCUGCAAACAAGUGCAGGAGGUGGUAGGUUUUGUCAGGUUUGGUGCUCAUAAACAGCAUCUUGGGAGACAACAUCAUGUGCAUCAAUAAGGGACCUUUGCUACUGCUUCCAUCAUCAGGUUGACUUUUGCCGCGGCCCCCCCUCCCCUCGCUAACGUCCAUCUGUUUCAAGAAUAGGAUCUUGCUUGGUAUAUUCGACAUGCUUUGAAAUCAUACUUGCAGAAGUGCAGACAGGCCACGCUGGACAAACCUGGCAACACUGAGUGAGGGUCUUGGCCGGUCUGAGCGGAAGGUCAGUUGAGUCACUUUGCCACCUGUACGACGCGACAUGAGAACGUCUCGUGCUUCAUUACCACAUGACCCGUGCCAGCAUGUCAAUGUUGCUGCAGCACAGAAGAAACACUAGAAUGCACUGAUGUUUUUGGAGGUGCACAAUCUUUGUUUUGGUUUUUGGUGCAGAAGAAGAAAGCACUAGUGAAAAGUACCUUAGAAUGUUCAGUAGCUGGGACUGCAUGUCUGAAAGCACAGACAAACUACGCUUUUUUCUUGUUUUUUGUGGUCACAUGAGGACUUGAUGGCGAUACGGUGGAUCCCCGCUUGCUCGUGACUCACCGUUGACGGAUUUUUGGUUUUGUAUUUGUGGGAAAACCCUCAAUAAUUUGACCCUUUCUCGUGUAUUUUCCCUACUUUUGUAAAGCUUGAGUUGCUCUUUACAGGCGGCGAAUCAGCUGGAUAAAUGCCCCCCUCACUCACGGGGCAACCAGUAACAUAUGGAACACAUACCAAAAUACACACUAAUAUACACGCAAAACAAUACUACCGUACUUCAUUCUCAAGAUGUAUAAGUGAUAACUUUUUGUAUAUCUACUUUUGAAAUAAGAUUUAAGUGUAGUUUGUGCACUCCUGGAGGUUAGAAGGACUGGAACUAAUUAGAAUGUGUUGAUUAGUCCUAAUGAAAUAUCAUGACAUUACUGCCACCACAUCACUACUACCAGGAGAACCAGAGUACAGGGCGGAGGGAGCCACCUGCUGCCCAGCAAGGUGCACUGUAUUCGGGCACACGCUCCGAGCAGCCGGGGUGACGCCACGGAGGUCUCUGGCAAACCUUUUGCACUUUUCAAGUGCUGCGGCACUGCUACAAUGGCGUAUUAGGGCCACAUUGUGAAAAAGGCGACAUUUCGAGAAUAAAGUUGAGAAUUUACAAGAAUAAAGUACAUUCACGAGAAAAAAAGUAGAAAUAUUACCAAAGGCCAGACAAGUGGCCCCUUUUCAUAGCUGCCUCAGGCAAUGCCUGUUACGAGAUUUCGAGAAAGUUGUAAAUUUACGAGAAAAACUGGUAACUUAGUUACAGGCAUUGCCUGAGGCAGCUAUAAAAAGGGGCCACUUAUGUGACCUUUGGCCUUGGGCAUGUGGAGGGGGCGGGGUAAGAAAGGCGGAAGUGAGAAGUGCUAGCUAGCCAUGCUAAUCUAUUUGUGCUCAACUGCUGUGUUUUGCUGCCACGUUAAAUUUCCGACCUUUUUUAACGAGAAUAACGUCACAAAUGUACUACUUUUUUUGUAAAUUUACGAAAAAAUCUGAGAUUUUGAGAAUAAAGUAGUCAAUUUACAAAAAUAAAGUCGUACAUUUACAAGAUAAAAGUAGUAAAUUUGCGACCUUUUUAACAAGAAUAAAGUCGUAAAUUUACGAAAAAAAGUGAUUUUGAGAAUAAAGUUGUAAAUUUAUGAAAAUUAAGUCAAUUUACACAAAUUAGACACAAAUUUAUGACUUUAUUCUUGUAAAUUUACCCAAAAAAUCUGCAAUUUCGAGAAUAAAGUCGUAAGUUCACAAGAAACACGAAGUAAUUUACUACCUUUAACGAGAAUAAAGUCGUAAAUUUACACACAAAUCAAGACUUAGAAUAAAGUUGUACAUUUACAAGAAUAAAGUGGAUUUACAAGAAAAGUCAUAAUUGUACGACUUUAUUCUCGUAAAUUUACAAAAAAAACUUGAGAUUUCGAGAAUGAAGUAGUACAUUUACAAGAAUAAAGUCAGUCGAAAAUGUACAAAAGAAAUCUGAGAUUUUGAGGUUAAAGUUGUAAAUUUACAAAAAUUAAGUGACUUUAUUUUUGUAAAUUUACCAAAAAAGAUCUGAGAUUUUGAGAAUAAAGUAGUACGUUUACGAGAAUAAAUCGUAAUUUUACAAGAAACACAUUUACGACCUUCUUUAACGAGAAUAAAGUCGUAAAAUUUUCCUUGGAAAGCUUUGCAAGGCAGCUCAGGGGAAGCUAAGGAGAAAAAAGGAGAAAAAAAGCGCUUGAUUUGUUCACCUGCACGGUACCGGCAAUCUCGCCUCAUUGGUGUGUUUUUUUUUCAAUUCUCGGUUAUCUGAGCUAUUUUUAAAGUUAGUGUAUUUAUCAGUAUGAUGUCGAAAUUCCCUCUUACCGUCCCGAUAAUUCUCAUUCACCCCUAAUGAAUAAAAAGUAUGGUUUUGCAUGCAUAUAAGUGUUUAUUUUUAUAUAAGCGGUGUUACUUUUGGUUGCGCCGUGAGUGAGGAAGGCUUGUCUGAUGGCCUCCCGUUGCUGUUGGCCGUUAUCUGAGAACGUAACUCGCUGCGGAAAGCGGGGGAGAUCUGCUGUAUAAAAAUGAGACUUUGUGCUGAUAACCGACCGCCAGGAAGUGCGGCGAGUUUGCGGCUUUAAGCGGUGACGUGAAAUCGAGCACCAGGGUGCUGCCGGGUCAUGACCUGCUUUGUGUUAGAUGUAAUUACACGACCUGCUGAUGAACUUGUAACAGGCAUGGGGUCAAUCAUUAUGAGCAUGUGCACUGCAUCAAUCAGUCAGGGGGUCUAUCAACUGAACUGUUGGGGGUCCACACGGGCGGCACAGUGCAUGGAGACAUCAUGCCUUCUGUAUUAUCACUAUCAUAACAUGGCUGCGAAAAGUCACCAGGCUGCUAUCUUUUUUGUGCUUAUUGCCUUUUUUUUACGCACAGUUCAUCAAUCAGCUACCACAGUGACGUAGCCGUCUUAACAGCACCAAGAAUCUCACAAUUUCUUGCCAAAUGCACCUUUUGACAUGAAGACAAUGGUUUACCCUUUGCUGUCCGUGUGCUUCUAAGGAACAAGUUGUAUUUCCACCACUUCUUGGUCAUGCCUGAAGUCAACUACUAGACUGCUUGCCAUGAAAUUGUGUUUGUUACUAAAAAUGGAUGAGUUAUACAAUGUACAGUUCAUAGUUGUAUAUGUUUGGAAUAAAUGGAACUGAAAAAAUAAUUGUGAUUGUUUGUAUGGCACAGUUAAUGCUGUAUACUAUUUUUAGUAUAUAAUGGAAUAUACUAUAUUCUACAAUGUUCACAUUUGUAGCACACAUAUUUAGUUUUUUUAUUUUUUUAUGUUUUUCACUUCAAAUGAGUCAGUCGACUACUUCAUCCUAAAAUGUACACAUCAAAUCAUGUUAAUGAUAA